AUGACUGCUGAUUUAGGAAAAGAGGCCAAUGCUGCCACAGAUUCGGGCUCAAACAAGCGUUCAAGCUGGAGCGAAAACGAUGGCAAAGAUGUCGACAUCAACGAUAGCCAGAAAGAGCCCACUCAGGAAAUGACUGACGAUCAGUAUCCCCACGGAUUGAAGCUGAUAUUGCUGGCAUCAGCCUCUCUGAUAUCGGUCUUUCUCAUUGCAUUAGACCAGACAAUUGUCGGCACAGCCAUCCCCAAAAUCACCGACGAGUUCCAUGGCCUCGAGGAUGUCUCUUGGUACGCAGCAGCGUACUUCAUGACCUUUGGUGGCUCCCAAACCUCGGCAGGCAAGAUCUAUAAAUACUUCAACUUGAAAUGGAGCUUCUUAGUCUCCAUGCUGAUCUUCGAGGUCGGCAGUUUGAUCUGUGGCGUGGCACCAAACUCCAAGACCCUGGUCGUGGGCCGUGCUAUCGCUGGGCUUGGAGGUGCUGGCCUCUCUGUGGGUGGUACCACCAUUGUCUCUUUCACAGUUGCUCCGGCAAAGCGCCCCUUGAUGAUGGGCAUCAUUGGAAUGACCUAUUGUCUUGCCGCUGUGCUAGGACCACUCCUUGGAGGUGUUUUCACCGACCGUGUGAGUUGGAGAUGGUGCUUCUAUAUCAAUCUGCCUAUCGGAGGCGUUGCUGCGCUUGCAGUGCUUCUGUUUUUCAGUCUUCCUGCUGUCGGGGCACCUCCAAAGCUCCCCUUGAAAGAGAAGCUGCUGCACACGGACCCGGUCGGUCUUACCUUGGCGAUGGGCUGUCUCACCUGCUUCAUCCUUGCACUCCAGUAUGCGGGAAACAGUCACCCUUGGGGCAGCAGCGUCGUCAUCGGUCUCUUCGUCGGCUUUGGAUUGCUCGCCAUUGUCUUGGUGGGAUGGGAACUGUGGUUGGGUGAUUAUGCCAUGAUGCUCCCCAGGCUGUACAAACAACGGUCCCUGUCUGUCACAGCUCCAUUUCAAUUCUUCUUCAUGGGGAGCUACCUUGUCCUGUUGUUCUAUCUCCCCAUCUACUUUCAGAGCAUUCUCAACGCUAGUCCGAUUCGGUCCGGGGUCAACAAUCUACCACUGGUGCUCGCUGCAGCCGUCUUCGCUCUCCUCGGUGGUGCCGUCGUCAUGCAGACUGGCCGCGCGCAGCAAGUCAUGAUGAGCGGCUCACUGCUCGCGACAGUAGCCAUCGGGUUACUCUACACCCUUGACAUUGGCACUUCAACCGCAACAUGGGUCGGCUACCAGUUCUUCGUUGGGGCAACAUUGGCAUUUGCCAUUAUGCACGGCCUGACCAUCGCCCAAGCGAAUGUCGGUCCCGAAGACCUCUCAGCCGUGACCGCCAACCUACUUUUCUUCCAAACCGUUGGCGGUGCAUUCAGUACUGCGGCAGGACAGUCCGCCUUUGUGAACAGAUUACUUGCCACUUUACCCACGACUGCACCAGGUGUAAACCCAGGCUUGGUACUAUUGACUGGUGCUUCGGAAUUGCAUAAUGUGUUUCCGGCAGAUGUGCUCCCAGGGGUACUCGAGGCAUACAUGACCGGUCUCAAGGCCGCCUUCGCCGUCGCAAUAGCCUUUUGCGGCGUGGCAUUCUUGUUGUCCUGGGGCAUUCCUAUGCGGAAGCUUCCGACUCAUGAGCCAGGCAAAGCUCAAAUGAUUGCUGCAUGA